GCUAUGAUGGGGAGCAGGUUUUAUGUAGCUAGAACAGAGCAAAGAUGUUGUGUUUUGAUCAUAUCAAUUAUUACAGGAUAAUGAUGGAUGCUCAGGACCAGCAGAACAGCCAAGAGGUGAAUCUGGAGAUGUCUGCCAAAGAUGUGCCUUUGCCCUUGGUGCGCCAGAACCUCCAUAAGGACUGUGAGGCCACUGUGAACCAAAUGGUGAACUUGGAGCUGUAUGCUAGCUAUGCCUACCUGUCUAUGUCUUGCCACUUUGACCGUGAUGACGUUGCUUUGGGCCACAUGGCCAAGUUCCUGAAGGAGCAGUCCCAGGAAAAAAGGGAGCAUGCAAAGAAAUUUUUGAAGUACCAGAACAAGCGUGGGGGUCGUGUUGUGCUGAAGGACAUCCAGAAGCCGGAACAGGAUGAGUGGGGCAGUAGCCUGGAAGCCCUGGAGAAGGCCCUAAAGCUGGAGAAGGAGGUGAACCAGGCCCUGCUGGAUCUGCACAAGCUGGCAAUGGAGAAGGGAGACCCCCAUCACACGAAGUAUGGUCUUAUGGAGAGCUCAGAGAAAACUACAAAUCCUCAACCUUCCACUCCGCAUAUGAAACUCCUAAUCUGGAAGGGUUCAACAAUUGCGCUUUGACUUCCAUGAGGUCCUUAUUGGCUCACAAAAUCUCUAAUUGGUCUCUGCUCACCAGACGUGUCAGUGACUCUGGAAAACAGACAAGCCACUGUUGGACUGCUGUAAAUGCAAAUCUUGAGACUAAAGACUCUCAUGGCCACUCAUAUAUUUCUCUUUAAGAGAGACUCUUGUUUCUGUAUAUAAGUGAACAACUUACCCACCCCCAGUAAAUGCUCUUAAAAGUAGCUA